GCCGAUGAUCAUCGUCCAGAUGCAUCGUUCCUGCAAGCCACCUCCACCUCCCGACCAGCCGCAAACCCGCAGACAAACCUCAAUGCAUCCAACAAACGUCACGAUUACCUGAUGGCUGUUCCCAAAUGGCUGGCCGUCGGCUGGUCGCGUCGAGUGCACCAUCAAUGUACGACAGUGUACCAUCCACAGACGUCAUGACGACGCGGACAUGAGGCCCGCCCAUAAAACACACUUCCGUCCCCCCAGCCCAAUAAUCGGAUUCCUUUCCUUCCAAUUCCUCCCCCUCUCCCUCUCAUCUCGUCCAUCAUCAUCCCCACCAUCAUCAUGUCGGACGAAAAGAAACAAAAAUCCGCCUCCUCCUCCUCCGCUCCGUCGAGAAAUCUCAUCGUCACUACCGGCGAGGGCCAAACCGGCCACCUGAUCGCCGAGCUGCUCCUGACGGAUGACCAGUUCUCAUCCAAGCUCGCGAAGCUGCAGGUAGCCACUUGCAAUCCCGAGCACCAACACAUCAAGGACCUCGAGGAAAAGGGGGCCACCAUCAUCCCCUGCACUCCCGGGGACCUAGAGGGAACCACCGAAGCCUUCGAAGGUGCAGGCGCAGACACGAUCCUCGUCAUCCCGCCGUCCGUCGAUAACAAGCUCGAGGCGAGCAAGGAGAUGUUGCAGGCGACCAAGGACGCCGGAAUCCCGAACGUGGUGCUGAUCAGCUCCGCCGGCUGCGAUAUGGCCGAGCGCGACGCCCAGCCGCGGCUGAGAGAGUUCAUCGAUAUCGAGACCGAAUUGAUGGCCGCCAAGGGCGACACCAGCACCGAAGCCGGACACAGCCCUUGUAUCAUUCGUGCCGGAUUCUACGCCGAAAACCUGCUGCUGUACAACAAGCAGGCAAAGGAUAAGGGGAAGCUCCCGCUGCCAAUCGGUCCUACCCACAAGUUUGCCCCCGUGUCGUUGGGCGAUAUCGCCUUGUUGGCUGCACAUGUAGUCACUGAGUCGGGCCCGCACGGGCUGGGAGACAAAGUGCGGGGGCAAUUGAUCACCAUCACCGGACCCAUGAUGGUCGCUGGCAAAGAGCUCGCCGAGGCAGCCAGCCAAGGAUUAGGCGCAAAGAUGGAGUUCGAGGAAAUCUCGGAAGAGGACGCACAGAGCCUGCUAGACGACCAAGCCGAGAUCAGCGAUGCCGAGAAAGAAUAUCUGCUGGAGUACUACGCUCUGGUCCGUGCCGGAAAGACCAACUACAUUUCAACCCACGCUUUCCAUGAUAUCACCGGAACCCAUCCGACCGAAAUGACGGACUUCUUCAAAACUUACUCCGAUGAGUUCAAGCCGAAGAAACGGAAGACUAAGAAGUAGAUGCCGACCGGUUAGGAGAGUUGGGAAAACGGGGAGGGUGGGUG